AUGACAUACUGUUUCCUUCUUUUUAAAUUCUUCAGGUGGUACCAUGAUUUGACAAGAAACAGUGCUGAGGCAUUGCUUUUAGAUUAUGGUCGUCAAGGAAGUUAUCUGAUUAGGCCCAGUAAGAACAACCCUGGACAUUAUGCUGUAUCAGUGAGGUGGGUUAAUGAAUAACAAGGAGGUAUAGAGACCUUUUGACCACCUCCCCCUUCAACCCCUCCCCCCUCUCUUAAACAUAAAUCAAUGAAAACUGUGAAUCUGCCAUAAAAGUCAAUGGAAACCAAAAAACACAACUUUGGUGGUAAAAAUAAAGGGAUGGUAUGUCACCAAUCCCACACUAAAUAUGAAAACUGUGAAUCUGCCAUAAAAGUCAAUGGAAACCAAAAAACACAACUUUGGUGGUAAAAAUAAAGGGAUGGUAUGUCACCAAUCCCACACUAAAUUAAAAUAAGUCUAUAGUCUUCGAAGAACACUGAUUUUACAGCUUUACAGACCUUUUGAGUGUACCCUUUUAAGAAUAGUUUAACACAGUGAUCUGGAAAUAUAAUGAAAUUUAAAAAAUCAUAUAAAAAUGUACAUGUAUUUAUAUCAUAAAAACCAAAAUGUUCUCAAAAAGAAAUUACCCACCUCUUCUUUAAGAGGAGACUUAAACUGAAAAACCACAAAUUUCAAGAGCAGCAAAUCUAAAAAUGGCUUGAAGCAAAACUGAAAAUCCCACUGUCUCCAUUGUAGUCAUUGACGGAAGCUCAUAGUAAAUUUUGAUAAAAAUCUAUAUUGUAAAAUAGGAAGUUGAGGUUAUAAGACAUGUAAAUGUGAGUUGACAACAAGCUCUUUGCAAUAAAAGUAAUAUUAUUUUUAUACAAAAUUCUUUUCAAGCACUUAAUUAUGAUAAGAACGAGAAGGCCUUGGGCAGGUUAUGAAAAAGUCCCUCUUUUGUUGUCGUUUGAUAAGAUACACUGUGUAAAAACAAAUAAAUCUGUUUCUUGUUCAAUACCAGGCCCAAAUGCUGAACACUUUUAAAUAAACAACAGGCCCCUCAGAUCAAAUAAAUGGCAGGGAUGUUCUUUAUAAAAUAAUUUUCUUUGGUUUUAACCUUAUCAAUUUAUUUAAGAACUGUUCUGAUAAACUGGUUCCCAUCAUUUGUUUAAAUGUUGGAUAUCACUAUCCACCAAAUAAAUCACUAUCCUGCGAAUAAGUAUUAGGGAAACCAAUUGCAUUCUCAACUGGAUAGAGAUAAGGGCAAGGAAGGAAGGAGUCAUGGAUGAGAGGACAACAGACGUGUCCUCUUAACAAUAUAUAUUAACAUGUUAACAGUAAGCUCGGAUGUCAACAUGCAAAGGCGCCACUGGCAGUAGCUUUCCUACCCACCCAACCCAUGAUGUGAAUGAUGUCUGAAGGUUGGUAGCAUCACCGGAGUCUACGUCCCCUACUCUUUUCAAACAGUGGUGUGGGUUCUUUUAUGUCCCACAAAAACAGAUAAGUGUAAGUGCUGUGAGACGUAGCCUCCCCGCAGACGUCCUUUGGGGUUCGUUUGUCACGCAUUCAUUGGGGAGAAAUGAAUGCGUGACAAACGAACCCCAAAGGACGUCUGCGGGGAGGCUAUGUGAGACGGGACCUACAGUGUUUUGUCCUUAUCUGAGAAGAGUAGAAAGUCUAACCGUUUGCAGAUGUCAUUACAAAGGCAGCACUUUCUUCUCAGUUAUUUAAAGACCCUGAGUGUUGGUCUGGCUGGGGUUCAAACCAGCUGUGACCUCCCGCUCAGUAGACUGGCACUCUCCCAACUGUAACCAGGCAUGUAUAUUAUUCAGUGGAUAGCACUUUCCAUGGUCAGUCAGAUGAAGACCAUUCUGAGCUAAGUUGAAAUGAUGUCUGGGCUAGAAAAUGCUACCUUUUAAAUAACUGGGGCAGUAAAUUAAUGUUUUUGCUAAUCUUGCUGAGCAUAGUUUCCUGUGUUGUUACAAUAGGAGUGUUGAUUCUGUGAAGCACUUUGCAUUGACCUCCAAUAAUGGCACAUUUGUCUUUGGAGUAGGUAAAUUUCAUAGUCUCCAGCAGUUGGUGGAUCAUUUCCAAAAUUACCCAAUCAUUGGAGGAGAAACAGGUUUGCUUGUAGAGCACAUUUGCAUUUGCAUUUAUUGGUUCGGCAAAAUAUCAAAGCCAGUAGUGAAUACCCCAUACAUUGUCAGUAGAAAUUUCUAUUGGGAGGUGAUUUGGGAAGUCAAACUUUGAAAUGGAAAGAAUUUUAAGGCUGGGUCGCAGAAACUCUACACUGUAUGUAUAGCAGUGUACACCCACUCAACUCUCUUGAUGGACACCUCUUUAAGAUGGACACCUUAGUAAACAGACACUUACAGUUGGUCCCUGACUUUCUUUACUCCCCCUUUGUUAAUUGACUCUCUGUAAGAUGGACAUCACCGUUAGAUGGACAAUAAAUGUUGAGAAAUUAUUACUCAACAUUUAAGUUCUAAUCAGUAACAUUUAGACUUUUGCUUCCUGCUACUCUGGUUAUCUUGCCCACUAUUGUAAAACAUUUUGACUGGGAUGGGUUCUGUUAAUCUAAACUAAGAGUAUCAAGAAAGAACUUUUGUGUAACAUGCCAAAAAAAAUGUUUUCUUUGUCAGUUUGUCUUGAAAUCAAAUAUUAAUAUUUUAAAUUUUUAGGUCAACCUAUUACACUGGAAUACCCUUAUUCUUCUCACGUGCCAGAACCUUCAAUAUAUGAUGAAAUCAGUAGGCAUGCUGUGUGUGGGUUCACUUCAUCAACCUCGCAGUCAUCUGAGCAGGAACCAGUAGAUAUGGACUGGUCUGUGAGUAUCAAAGGGGCAACAUCAGGGGAGAUCUGUUAGAUAUUGCUCAUGUGUAACCUAGUAAUUAACUACGAUAAAUUCACUAAAAACGCAAUUUAUGGUGAACCUCUUUGGCCUGGAACUUUUGCUUAGCACAAUAAUAUUAAUUUUUUAGGAUGUGUCCUAAUCCUAACAUAUAUUUUGUUUUUUAGAUAGCAUCAAAGGAGGGUUUUCUUACCAAAAAAGGAAAAAUUCAUAAGGUAAUAGAAAAGCUCUUUCUUAUUUCACCAGUAACAUUCUUUAUUCUUAUCAGAGUACCAUAACCAUAACCUGUUAUGACCCAUGUAUAGAUCACAUAUUCAGUUGAUUUUUAUGAUGUUGCCAUUCCCAAUUCAUUGACACAUUGUUGCUUGCUUGUCUGAUUCUUUCAGAACUGGAAGAGGCGCUGGUUUGUCACAAGCAGAAACAUCUUACAGUACUUUAACGAACGAGGGGUACGUUAGCCUGAGUAAAACACUGACAUUUUGUGACACCACUCCUGGUUUCCUCAUGAAAUGACAUUUACAUUUUUGAGAAAGCAGUGCAGAAAUUCCAUAUUGAUGACAUGUCACUUUCCAAAUCUGGAUAGUGCUUCUGAUUGGUUGAAGCAAAUUUCCCAAGUGGCAUGACCAAUCAGGAGCAACCAAUCAGAAGCACUACCCAGAUCUGGGUAGUGUUGUGUCAUCAGUAUGGAAUUUUUGUGCUCCUUUCUCAGACGUCAUUUCCUGGGGAAACCAGUGGUGGCAUCACGAAAUACUGCCUGUUCUCUCAUGCUAGUAAUAGUAAUUAAUUUAAAAAGGUUAUUUGUGUGGGGUUGUAAAAUAUAAAUUUUAAAGCAUGCAUUUGCAACACAAAUAGACUAGUAUUUCAACUGACUUAAUGGACAUGAAUGAAUGGAUGAAUAAAGCUUUAUUUAAUCUCGGGUUUGAUGAGGUUGGUUAGACCUCUAGCAAAAUUUGCUAAUAAGCUGAGGAGAAAAAAAAGCAGAGAAAACAAAACAAAUAAAUAAAAUAAUAGAGAAAGAAAGGGAAAUCCAAAAACUUAUUUACAGCAUAAAACCUAAAAAUUAUGUGACAUAGCUAUUUACAAAAUAAAAAGCCCAAUUACUUAAUAGAACAUAGAUAUUAUAUAGAAUUAGCUAAAACCUUAGCUGUCAGACUGCUUCUUUAAAGGCUGACAACGUAACAAUGUUUGCAAUAUUUUGUAACAGGAUAAGAAACCAUUAAGAGUGCUCGACCUUCGGCUGGCAGAAGAGGCUUUUAAAAAUAACACUUGUGGAAAACCAAAUGCAUUCAGGUCAGAUUCUAUGUUGGUAAAUUUACAGUUAUGUGCGAAUCAAAUCCUAUGGUGUGACCAUUUAAAUGAAGGCUACUGAGCAGUAGUUUCCUGUAGUACUGUCUAUUAUGCUGUACAAGGUGGUUCUAACUUUUGAGUCUGUGAAUGAAAUCCUAUGGUGUGACCAUUCAAAUGAAAGCUACUGAGCAUUACUUUUCCUGUGGUACUGUUUAUUACGCUGUACAAGGUGGUUCUAACUUUGGAGUCAGUGGAUGAAAUCCUAUGGUGUGACCAUUCAAAUGAAAGCCACUGAGCAGUACUUUCCUGUGGUACUGUUUAUUAUGCUGUACAAGGUGGUUCUAACGUUUGAGUCAGUGGAUGAAAUCCCAUGAUGUAACCAUUCAGGUGAAACCUUUUUGUGGUGCUUAGCAUUCAAUAAUCACCUUUAGAAGAGGUCUUCUCCAUGUCAGAUCAAUGCCAAAUCUUCUCAACCACUAACAGUAAAUUUUGUUUUUUCGACUGAUGUUUGGUAUCAUGAUACAGUUUUGGGGAAAAGCAAUAAUACCAUGAAAAUAUAUAUAUAAUAUUAACAGUGGUAACAUGAUGGUAUUUGUUUCCUCUCUCAGCUUGGUUUUUCCAAAUAGAACAUUUUUCCUGUAUGCAGACUCCAAGGAAGAGAUGCAAGAAUGGAUAGAUCUCUUAACAUGGAAACUGGUAAGAUUCCGUGAAAAUGUCUAG